AACCACUUGAAACGCUACUGGACCUGAUCCCUCUUUUUGGUUCUCCAUCUUUAAGUACUCCGUCUCGAAGCUCGUCUUCAUUGGAAAUUUGAGCAUUGAAGGCCGCGCGUCUUCACUUCCAGAAAUUGCAUCCUCUACGCAGCAAAGGCACCACUUUUCCGUUCGUAAUGCACGCGAAGUGGUCCCAUGCUUUCGCGGAUUGCCACAGCAAGCAUGCUCCGGCCUGCUGGGAUGCAUUCAAGAUUCCCCAAGCGCUUCUCAGCGCACCACAUGCGGUCCAGUCAUCAGCACUGUCGGUGUUGCCGACUGAGCUGCUGCUCAAGAUCUUUGCCCAUGCGAAUGCGUUCGAACAACUGUUUCUAGCGCUCACGUGCAAACGGUUGCUUGCCGUCUACUCAAUGACCACCAUGAUAAUCCCCUCGGCUCCAAAGCACCGCUCUGUUCCUUCUCUGAAUUGCUCUGCAAUGCUUCGACUGAUAUAUGUCAUGCAACCACUAGAAAAGCACGGGUACCCCAAAAAGAAUUGGGCGCCUUGCUUGAUUGCUACCGGUAUCGGCCGAAGAGAAUGAACUACUGGAAAGGUAUAGACAAGCGUUAUCCUGCGGGAUCGUGUGAUGCAAUUCUGAAAAAUUACGACUUGGUUGUCAAGUAUUGGAACGACAAGUAGUCGUCCUCGUACCAGUGUCCGGAAUGUUGGUGUGAAGAACGCUUCAGAAAUUACGGGCAUCUAAUUGAGAAGGGCGGU